GUUUUUCUUUUUUGCUUCCUUCGCGGCCAGACAGGCUUUACUGGCCACAUUUGACUAUUUCGUAGCAAAAACUUUAAGAAACGGGAUUCAGAAAAAAAAAAUUCCUCAUAUAAUAAUGAUGAAGACAUCAGAGGAGGACCUGUAGGAGGAGAAAACCUGACAGUUAAAGGAGGUCGAGCCGUUAAAGCGUGGAUAUGGGGCUGAGCUGUUAGAAAAAAAGAGCGCACCCUCCAAAGUUGACUGACUCGUCGUUGAAGAUAGGAUUCCGCCCACAAGAAAGAUGGCGGCUCCCUUGCUGGAGAAAUUGUCGGAGUCUUUAGGUUCGCCGGAGACAGCGAUUCGCCUCAUCUUAUCGGUUUUAAUCGGGUAUCCCUUCGCCCUGGUGUAUCGUUGGUUCCUUUUCUACCAGCCCGCCACAGUUAUCCACUUGUUCCACAUUUGUUCUGGCUUGGCGCUAGCAGCAUUCAACUUUGGCUCCCAGCUGUAUCACUCCGCACUAUGCGUCUUCGUCCAGUUUCUGAUGCUGAGGCUCAUGGGGAGGACGGUAACGGGCGUCCUGAGCAGUUUUACAUUUCAAAUGCUGUACCUGAUGGCAGGAUACUACUACACAGCAACAGAGGAGUAUGACAUCAAGUGGACGAUGCCUCAUUGUGUCCUUACACUGAAACUCAUCGGUUUGGCAUUUGAUUUCUACGAUGGUGGCAAAGAACCAUCACAGCUGAGCGCUGAUCAGGUGAAAGCCGCUCUGCCGUCAGUGCCCUCGCUGCUCGAGGUCUUCGGGUUUUCCUACUUCUACGGAGGGUUCCUGGUGGGUCCCCAGUUCACGAUGCGCAGCUACCAGAAGCUGGUGUCGAGAGAGCUCACCGACUGCCCUGGAAAGCCUCCCAACAGUGUUGUUCCAGCUCUGAGGAGGUUUGCUCUGGGCUUUCUCUGCCUAGCGAUAUAUGCAAUAUUUAGUCCUUAUUUUCCAGACACCUACCUUUUGACAGAUGAGUACGAGGCUCAGCCUUUCUGGUAUCGCUGUGUUUUUAUUCUGCUUUGGGGCAAAUUUAUGCUGUAUAAAUACGUCAGCUGUUGGGUUAUAGCGGAGGGUGUUUGUAUAUUAGCUGGUCUUGGCUACAACGGCGUAGUCAAUGGUAAACAUCAAUGGGACGCCUGUGCCAAUAUGAAGGUGUGGCUCUUUGAGACGACGCCCCUUUUUGGAGGAACAAUUGCGUCUUUCAACAUCAACACAAACGCCUGGGCUGCAAGACAUGUGUUCAAGCGGUUGAAGUUCCUGGGAAAUAAGACUUUGUCUCAUGUGGCCACGCUGCUCUUCUUAACCAUUUGGCACGGCCUUCACUCUGGAUACAUCCUGUGCUUCUCCAUGGAGUUUUUCAUCAUCACUGUAGAGCGGCAGGCCCAGGCUCUAGUGCUGGACAGUCCCCUGCUGACAAACCUGGCCAACAGCCACCUCUACCCCCUCGUCUACGUAGUUCAGCAGUUUAUCCACUGGCUCUUCAUGGGGUAUCCUCUGGUGCCAUUCUGCCUUUUCACCUAUGACAAAUGGCUCAAGGUGUAUUCUUCCGUCUACUUCUGUGGUCACCUGUUCUUCCUCGUGGCUUAUUUAAUUCUGCCAUUCCUCCGUAUAACUCUGGUGCCUAACAAAGACCAGAGAGAGAAGAAACGAGAUUGAAACCCGGUUCUGACACCUGGAAAGGUCCGUUCAAGGCUGAAACUCUUCGACCCUGGAAGGGAACUGUGGCGUUCGGGGAGCAGAACACAGACUAUUUUAAGGCCUUUAAUAAUAUAUAAAUAUGAAUAUAUGUUGAUGUAAAAAUAAAUUUCUAUAUAUUUUUGUGUUUUUAAGUGGGAGGGAUGGUUUUUAUAAACAUUUUGAGAAAAUGUUUACAGGAAAUUACCAUUGUGCCACACGGGGUAAUUGUGAACCAAUCAGGGGCCGUUUCCUGCUUGUUUAUCAUUAUCACUUUCUUCUUUUCUUGUGGAAAUUUUUAAGACUUGUGGAACUGAAGAGACUUUUCAUGCUGUCGACACAGGAUUGCACUUAUGAGUCACAGGUGCUGUUUUUAGGCUCCUGUGUUUUUGUUGUUUCGUCGCCCCGUGUCUGGCGCUCGCAUUCAGCAGCAGCAGCACUAAAACCAAACAGAAGGUUUAAGCACAGUGCCACCAUUUAUAUAUGAAUAUAAAUAUAUGUAUACAUAACACUUCCUGAUGUCAUGACACAACAUGCACACGUUUCUGCAGGAAGGCUGAGGCAAUGAUGGGCUUGUUUUCUCUGCAAAUGGCUGCUAGUGGUUAUACAAGCACUGUAAAAUCACACACUGUACAACUAAAACCCGACUCUAAAUGGCCUUGAUUCAAUGAAUGUUUGUUCUGGAUUUAAUUUGAUUUGUAAUUGAAAAAUUGUAGGAGUUACAUACAAGGUUUUAUGAACAUGAACAUUUCUUGGUUGGUUGUUUUUUUUCUAUAAUAUGCAUAAUUUUCCUGCCUUUCAGCUAAACCUCACUUUUAAAUGCACAAAUGUGAAAGUGAAUCACACUGAGUGGUGCUGGUCUCUCUGUCCACUCCGAUCUGUGCGAUUAGGGGCCAUGCGCUGUGUUUUUUUAUUUUAUUUUAAUAUUAUUAAACACGCGAUGGCUAUGAUUUCCACUACAGCCUGCCCCGGUAUUUCUAACAGCAGGUUGUAAUUAAUCAGAGUGAAAGAUCAGAACCCAAAUGCCUCGUUGUAAUGUGUACAUUUCUGGGUAAGGGUGAAAUUUGCUGCUGCUGCCGCCGCCGUCCUUUCACAGACUCGAGGACAAACCUCACUGUAGCAACGGCCCAGAUUCCAGUAAUAUUUAUACAGAACAUGCUGAUUAUUAAUUGAUGACUUGCUAUUUCAAGAGGCUUGGUUUUUUUUGCCUUAUCCGAAGAAAAUGUGCAAAAAAACGUCGGGAUGUGAGAGGUGGAUGUGAUUUGAAAUAUACUUUUGUAAUGUUUAAUAAAAUGCUGCAUUUUAAGCAA